AUGUUUAUUGUUAAGGAAAUUCAAAGAGAAUUAACACUCUGGGUUGGAUUAUCAGGCAUGGCUCAUUCAAUUCAAAGAGAACUUAGUACACUUGCUACAGCUGUAGACACAUCUAAAAACAAGAGCUUCCACUUCUUCUUAACAGAUUCUGCAGUAGCUCUGCUUCGGCAUCAAAAUUACUGGAUUUCUGGUUAUUCAUCUGCGGAACGGAGGUGGAGUCUUGAAGCUGUGGAAAAGGAAUUCAGACUACUUUCAAUCAAUGAGAGGUUGAAAUAUGACAUUGAGUCGCUUGUCAAUGUUGACAACAUGAAAGUACAAAGAACCAUUAUCCCAAGGGACAAUGAAGUUGAAGAAAAUUACAUAGUGGUAACAAUCCUGGUAGCUGUUAAAAGGCGCAUUAAAUCUACCCGAAAUUAG